AUGUCAAAAGAAAAGAAGCUCGGUCGUGGAAACUCGAUACACAACCCAUUCCCAGCCUCACUGGCUAGCGAAUGUGAGAAGGCUAGUCAGAUCCUUGACUCGUUCAUCAAUCCUCGCUUUGUUAAGCUUGAUGUUGGCAUUCCCCGCAAGAUUCUUGCCAAUGCAAAGGGCCUUGUGAUCAUCACCUCUUUGCGAGCAGGCUUUCUGGGUUCUGGACGCUUCGGCUCAGGUUUAAUCAUCUCUCGCCUCCCCGAUGGCAGCUGGUCUACUCCAUCUGCUCUGAUGACUGGAGGGGGUGGGGUUGGGGGCCUCAUAGGCUUUGAGCUAACCGACUUUGUGUUUGUAAUUACAACCGACGAGGCCGUCAGGACGCUCGCUAUAUCUGGCUCUUUAACAGUGGGCGGAAACGUAUCAAUGGCCGCUGGCCCUGUUGGGCGUACCGCUGAGGCAGCUGGCACAGCUAGCAAGAAAGGUGUGGCGGGUAUGCUCUCGUACUCCAAGACUCGGGGUAUAUACGCCGGUGUCUCACUUGAAGGCGGGGUGUUGGGAGAGCGUGCUGACGCUAAUAAGAAAAUGUAUGGACGGAAAGUGACCGCAAAGGAGUUGCUUCGUGGAGACAUUUCGCCGCCCCCUGAAACCGCCUCGCUCAUGCGGGUCUUGAACUCGCCGUAUUUUUCUACAGUGUCUCCGGUGGUGUCUCCGGCUGAAUCUGCCGUGGAGCUCCCUUCAAAUGAUAUUCACGAAGAAAGGGCGGAAUUGCCUUCUCAGCGACCAAAAGAGCUACCACAGGGCAUCCCUGAGCUCGAUGCCCAAGCCUCUUCCCAGAGGGCCGAGCUGGGUACUGGCCCUGCCCAUGAGAUUUUUGAGUUGUCUAGUGGCCAACCACAGGGCACGUCUCAUGAGUUGGAUUCUGCUGUUUCCUCUUCUUCGCAGUUUCUUACACAGCCUACUAGCAAUUGGAAUUCUCCCUGA